GGAACCUGAUGUCUGUUCUAGAAGUGGUGAUAUGGCAAAUUUGGAAGUGGAAGAAUAUUGAUCAAACAGGAACUACUUUAUCUAUGCAUCCAAGGGAUAUAUGAAACAAGACUAAAGCAAUGCCGAAGACAGGGUAGACAACUCUAGCCCACCAGAAUAUGGAGGGACGUACUGGCUUGUCCUUGAUUACACUGCUCCUGUGUGCUGCAAGUAUUGGAGCAUGGACAGGCCCCGAUUUCUGGAAUUCUCGAUACAGUGUCCUCAGUUAUCCUAGUUUCUGGGGUUUGUGGUCAGAUAGCACAUCUAGUGCCAUUAGCCACUAUCAUCUGGCGAGCAGUGAGUACAAUGGACGUGUUUGCUCCGGCUGUAGUUGUAACGAAGGUGACCGAGUUGUCACUGGCUGCUCAGGGACAGUAUAUUUGAAAAAUUAUGUAUUUGACAACCUGACAACAGAGUCCUUCUCCUCCUUAGCCUCUGUCACAUCGAUAAAGAUUAUCAGCGUGCCAACGUUUGUGUUGAUUGAGAAGAACCUGCUAACUUCGAUGACAAGUUUGACAGAGCUUAUUAUCACACAGACUGGACUGACGGCUGUCCCAGAUGUAUCCAACACGGCCUUGACCGAAAUGAUGCUCGGAGAAAAUUCAAUAAAUUUGUUUAGUCACAACUACACCAAAAUAAACUGGCCUUCAACACUGACCAAAGUAUCUCUGAUAGAGAACAGUAUCAAUAUGAUACCGACUGGCUAUUUUAGUGGUAGCAGCAUCGAGUACCUUGGGUUAAGUAGAAACAGUUUGAGAUAUGUUCCUGGAUCUGCUCUUAAAGAUGUCAACACUCUUCUGUUUCUAGGAGUUGACGAGAACCUGAUUACAGGUGUUUCCAGGUCUCACCUGUCCUAUUUUGCAUCAUCCCAGCUACAACACCUCAAUCUAAGUAACAAUGCCAUCAGAUACAUCCAGCCUACAGCUUUGGAACAAAUCGGCAACCUUAAAGUUCUUGAGGUCCACAACAAUGAGUUGACUACAUUAACCAAAGGAGUGUUUGCCAACAUGCCAAAUCUGCUACAUUUAGACUUGGUUAAAAACAAAUUAACUAUUCUAGAGGAGGAUAGUGUAACCAACCUGCCUGCCCUGAUUACACUGAAGCUCCACAGCCAGCUACAAGGUGACGGUCUUACUAAUAUCUACUAUAACGCCUUCAAAUACAUCAAUGGCAACCUCACAAAUCUGUGGGUGAGUGACAAUGCUCUGACCAGUUACCCCCAUGUAGUGUUGUCCGAACAGCAGUAUGACAAGCUAACUAAAGUUUUUGCUGAUAAAAACCGUAUAACCAACAUGACCUUGUACAGUGAUGAUGGCUUUUCUCCUACUGCACUGAGCCUUCACGAAAAACGACAGAGAACAUUUCAACUGUGGAGCACUUCCCCAAACAUUCGCUAUAUGUACCUCCACUCCAACCUCAUCCCAGAGUUCCUGUCUACAGACUUCUGUGAUCUGACCAUCCUUUACUAUCUUAAUCUGGAUUCUAACCUCCUCACCAAUGACAAGUUCCCUGAUGACGUGCUGACCUGUCUAUCUUACCUUAAUUAUGUUGAUCUGGGUAGUAACCAUUUCCAGUAUGUUCCUCAGACUGUUCGCUCCGCUAACAUGACAUCCCUGGAAACCAUCCUACUCGACAGCAACUAUCUCACUUUCAUUGAAACAGGAACUUUCACACAGCUCCCAGCAUUACUGACAUUAUCUCUCAGCAGUAACAAUAUUGUUGUUGUUGAGAAUAAUUGUUUUCCUGCCACUAUCGCUUCUAUCACCUUGAGCAGCAACUGUUUUCGAUUUACACACGAAAAUCCAUUCACGAAUCUCACGGCACUGACCACACUCACACUGUCCAGCAACCAGAUCAACGUCAUCCCUAGUACCGCGUUCACCAACUGUACUGCCCUCACAGACCUACAGAUCAACUCCAACAACAUUGGCUGGUUGACUGCAGGGAUGUUUUCUGACUGCCCGCUGACCUACCGUUUCUCAGCUUCUAGUAACGACAUUGCCUAUAUAGAGGACGGGACAUUUGCCCACAUCAGCAGUAUAACCUAUCUGUAUCUCCAGGACAACAAACUGACCCGAUUUCCAAAGGGUGGGGAUUUUUCCAACCUGAACGUGAAUUAUCUAAGUCUAGGCACUAACCGGUUCACUGAGGUACCUGCCGGUGUGUUCAACGGUACUACAGUGGGUAACAGUCUAGACCUGAGUAAUUCUGAGAUAUCAGUCAUUGAAACUGGAGCCUUCCAAUAUGUCAGUGUAUCUGGGACACUAAGCUUGUCAGGGAAUCCUCUAAAAACCCUCCAGGAGAAAGCCUUCCAUACUGUCAGCUGUAGUAACCUAUACAUGAAUGGAAUGCAGAUCACACACAUUCCCACGGGAGCCUUCCAGUUUGUGAGUGCAACAGACAUCUAUCUCCAACAGAAUGCCAUCACCUAUAUUGACAUAGCAGCAUUUGAUGGCAUCAGCUCAAGAGACCUAGACUUAAGUGGUAACCAGAUAACUACUCUUCGAGGAAACAUUUUUGCUAACAGCUCUUCAAUUUCGCGGUAUCUUGAUCUCAGCCAGAAUUCCAUUUCGUCAAUCCCCAAGACUGCAUUUGAUGGGUUAUCAUCUGUCAAUACAGUAAAAUUGGGUGAAAAUAAGAUUGCUGAAUAUCCAGCGAAUGCCCUAGCUAACAAGAAUGUGAGGACAGUGGAUGUAUCAGACAACCUUAUUGCUGACCUGUCCUUGGUAGCCUUCCUCAACCAAGCUACAAUGACGUCACUUGACCUGAGUAACAACCUCAUCACCAAUAUCAUCGCUGGUGUGUUAGAUCCUCUGGUUGCCCUUCAGACUCUAUCCCUGAGGAAUAACAGUAUUGGUUAUGUCCAGCCAAACUCCUUCUCUGCCUUGGGGUCACUGAAGACACUGGACAUGGCCCUCAACCAGAUGUAUUUCUUUCCAAGUUUGCCUAAUAUGACUGAGCUGACCUCUAUUGACCUCUCCAACAAUCAGCUUGCGUCCUUUGAAGUUGCCACAUUUGAUGAGUUUGAGGGCAGCACAAAAUUCAAAACAUUGACACUGACUGGUAAUGAUGCUAUCGGAUGUGACUGUUAUAUCUACCAGACCUUAGAGAAGGUACAGGAGACUAUUACUGGAGGAACCUGUGGAUCGCCAUCACAGACAGCUGGAGUCCUGUUUGACUAUGCAACAAAAACUAAUGCAACCUACUUCCUGAAUGCAGAUGUCAACAAUUUUCUGUGUUCUCCGUUGAAUGUAGCUGCUACAGCCUUGACCUCUAGUGAUGUCACAGUGACCUGGACACGCCCUAACAGUACUGUGGCUUCCACCACUACGGCAAGCAAUGCUGAAGCCGCUGCAUGGCAAUACCAGGUUACCUGUACGGCCUCGAGUACAGGAACAUCCCACACCCAUCUGGCUACUGCUGUGUUUACGCACACCUUCACUUCUGGGGAUGGUAUCCAAGGCAACACAGAGUAUGUCUGUGUGGUGGCGCUAGUAGUCGGAAGUGGGGCUAAUGGUACAACCAGUGCACCUAGUCAACCGGGGGUCGCUACGACACAGAUGAACUCAGUGGCUGCUGGUAAUUCCUCAGGAUCUGCCAGUGACUGGAUAUUACCUAUAACCUAUUAUGACUUCAGCACAGCCCAUGUUGACUUUACAGGAUAUGAGAGCACAGUAAUUUCUCAGCCAACCUAUGUUCCGAGUCCCUAUGGCGGUUGGUUAAUGCGCUCAAGUACGCCUAGCACCGAUACCUUUUCUGAAUGGUUUGUCAGCAAAUCUGGAACCAACCAUGAAUUUGAUAACAACAUCACAUUGACUCUCAUUGUCGCGUCCCCUCCCACUCACAGGUUUAUUUCGGACAAAUUUUACCCAGUAGAUGGAACAGGCUUCGGUAAUAAUGAAAAAGAUUGUCUAGGUGAAGACCACAACUUGGGUUUUACAUCAGCAGUUCGAUCUGGCUUUGUGUACCAAGGGAACGAGAAUAUUGCUGUAGGAGGUGGGGAUGAUAUGUGGGUUUACCUCAAUGGUGUCCUUGUCCUGGAGGUCACAGCAAGAGGGGAGGGUGCAAACAUACCCUGUAAGAAAAUCGACAUAUCAGCUGCCUCAGCUUCAGGUGGAGCCACCCUGACUCCCCAGUCUGGGUACGUGGUGAACAGUCAGUGUAUAGUAUCGGCCACAGAGAUCAAUGAUAAUGUGACACUGGACCUUGAUGUUGGGGAGAGAUACCACUUUUCUGUGUUCCAUGUUGAGAGACUACAGUGUGCUUCCAGUUUGUUCAUCAACACUGAAAACUUUGAAUUUAUUGUGAAUCCUGAAGACGAGCCUCCUCGAGAUUAUGUCAUCAGUUUCGAUGAGGAUUAUCAUCUUAAUGGCAUCAUACAGCAAGUGGUUUUAUCUGACGUAUUCUCCGUAGGUCCACCAUUUACUGUAGAUAUCAUCAGAGGUAAUGAGGCUAGACAUUUUACAAUGGUGGACAAUGAUGCUGGAAACCAGGCAGCUGCUGUAGCGCCAUCAGUUGUCGCUCCAAACUUCACUACCAUUGACGGAAUCCAAUUUGUUGAGUGUGCGUCCCCCUCCUCCAUUACUCCAGAAGGACAUGACACUUCUGUAGAAACAUUCAGUAUUACCACAGAUAUCGGACUGUUUGUGCUGGCUUCGACGUUUGACUACGAAGCUAAUACCACCUACACGGUUGUUGUACAGGUAGCGGACCCCGGAAAGUCUCCCCCGACCACUGGUACUAUCACAAUCAAGGUGAAAGUCAAUGAUGUAAAUGACAAUUGCCCAGAACUGAACCAGACUACGUAUGCUUUGAAUGGGGAUCCUUCCCUGCAGUUGUCUCCCCUUACCCAGGUGUUCGCCACUGACAUAGACUCCGGAAACAAUGCAGACAUUCUCUUCUACAUCUCCUCUGUUGUAGCUGACCCAGAUAUAGUGUUGAGCUGGAAUGAAUCGUUUAACCUGUUCAAUGAAGUAUAUGCUGCCAAUACCACACUGAAGUUUUCUGUGAUCGCUGUGGACAAUGGAGGAUAUCCGACACGGGGGACUCGGGCAUCAUUGGAGUUCGUGUCGGACAACUCUUGUCUGUUAGAUGUAGAAUACGGUCCAAUAAGUUACUCUCUGUCAGUGGAUAACACGACGGGAGAGGUCUUCUUCAGGGCCCCCGGAUACUACUUCUACCAGUUCGCGUGUAGAGAUGCCCUAGGAGUGGAGUCAGGAGUUAUAUUGGGAACACAAAUGUCGGCCUCCUCCUCAGCUGAUUUAACUAGUGCAGAUCGGGGCAGACUCAACAUUGCAGCUCUCCCGCUCGAAGCUGACCAAUCUAGUCUAAAAGGAGGAUGGAUGUCUCAAACUAAUGACGCCAGUCAGUGGAUACAGGUAACAAUGAAUGAGACUUACCAAAUUCAGCAGGUUCAACUUCAGGGCCAGGAGGAGGAGGAUAACUGGGUAACAACCUUCAGUAUCGGCUACAGUUCUGAUGGUAGUGUUUGGACCACGUACACCAACGCUUCAGGGACGAGCGUAUUUGCUGGAAGCACUGAUCGAUCGACAGUGGUCACUGUAGGACUUGAUCCCUUCAUAGAGACCAACUAUAUCCGCAUCCAACCUGUCACCUGGAACAAUAACAUUGCCCUCCGGUUUGAGCUUAUCGGCUGUUCUGUCAGCAAGUACAAUUAUCACCGGACGACAUGUGAGCGAUGCCUCACCACAAAUUACUGUGUAGGAGAUGGUACCGCAUUGCCAUGUGGAAGAUGUGAACCGGCUCAGGCCAACUCCACAUGUGGACGCUCUCAAACGGAACACUCUUUUGGACUCGCUUCAGAAUGUACCACUUGUCCUCUUGGCUGGAUAUGUAGUAAUGGUUACGCGACACCCUGCCCAGACUAUCACUAUGUGACCUGUAAUGACACUGAUUGCCCCACUUCCUGUAGUCAGUGUGGAUCGGGAUACGCAUGUCGCGGCGGCCAGAGAUACGAAUGUGAUGUUGGUACUUACUCAAAUGGAACCGUAGAGUUUUGUCAGCUCUGUGUGGCGGGGACCUACCAGGACCAAAAGACCCAAGGGUCCUGUAAAAACUGUCCAGCAGGAUACACAAGUACUACAAUGAAGGAUCGUUGUGAUGUUUGUCCUAUAAAUACUUACUCAGACGCGUAUGGGAGCACAUGCCAGAAUUGUCCUUCCACCGCUGAGUGUCCUUGUCUGGUGUCAGGCUCUCCCUGUCACAGUAGUAGUCUGUGUUACAACAUGAAGGUCGGAGGGGCGUAUUCAUCAGCGUGUCUCUCUUGUCCAACUGGCUACACUGGGGACGGGAUCACUUGUACAGACAUUAAUGAGUGUGCAGUACACAACCCAUGCUGGAACAACAGUGCCUGUAUAAACACGUCGCCAGGGUACCAGUGCAGCGCAUGUCCUUGCGGCUACACAGGAACAUUUGAGGAUGCAUUUUCCAUAGAAAUACACAGACGGACGUUUGACUUGUACAAUACUGUGUGGACCAGUGCCAACCAAUCAUGUGUCGACGUUGACGAGUGCCUUAUUAACAAUGGAGGAUGUAACGGCAAUGCCUUCUGCUACAAUACUGUGGGGAGUUACUACUGUGGACCGUGUAAGACGGGAUACUUAGGAGAUUCCGUCAGUGGCUGUAGACUAGCCGACUACUGUGCAGCCGGUACCCACCUAUGUAACUCCAACGCUGAUUGUCACUAUACUGGUCCAGCAGAGUAUCGCUGUCAGUGUAAAGCAGGCUGGGCUGGAGAUGGAUAUAUUUGUGGUGAAGAUACCGAUGUGGAUGGAAACCCAGAUUUAGGACAAUCCUGCUCCGCCAGAAAAUGUGCUAAGGACAACUGUCCACUCAAACCUAACAGCGGACAGGAGGACAGUGAUGGUGACUCCUCUGGCGAUAUAUGUGACUACGACUCCGAUAAUGAUAACAUCUUUUAUGAUGAACAGGACAAUUGCCCUUACGUGUCAAACCCAAACCAGCUUGACACUGACGGUGACGGUCGUGGAGACGUAUGUGACAACUGUGUUAAUACGGCCAACUUUGACCAGGCAGAUGUGGACGGGGAUGGGGUAGGAGAUGCCUGUGAUACAGACAUUGACGGGGACGGCCAGCUUAAUGGAGCGGAUAAUUGUCCAUACGUAUCUAAUGCAGCUCAGACAGAUACAGAUGGAGACACUGUAGGAGAUAGCUGUGACAAUUGCUUGUCCGUCUCUAAUUCUGCACAGACAGAUACAAAUGAGAAUGGGGUCGGAGACGCCUGUGACGGAAGUGACAAGGAUGGAGAUAGUAUACCAGAUGCGUUAGAUAACUGUGUUGAGGUUCCCAAUGGAGAACAGACAGACACAGAUGGAGAUGGAACAGGAGAUUACUGUGACACAGAUAUAGAUGGCGAUGGUAUCCUCAACACCGCUGACAACUGCGUAUACGUGUCCAAUGCUGCACAAACUGAUGCCGAUGGCAACCACAGAGGCGAUGCCUGUGAGAGUGACCUUGACCUUGAUACUGUUCUGGACGUAGACGACAACUGUCCCAAGAAUAAAGAUAUAACCGUCACUUCAUUUGCUGAUUACAUCUUGUUGGAUCUUAACCCAAGUUUGACAUCAGAAAACGCCUCAGUAUGGUCAAUGCAGGAUACUGGGAGAGAGAUUUGGCAGCUACAAUCAACACUGAAGCCUGUUGCUCUUAUUGGAAAUAAAUACUUUGACCAUGUAACGUUUACUGGAACGACGUUUGUGAACCUGGAUGAUUGUUAUGGAUUCAUUGGGUUUAUAAUCGGUUAUCAGAGCAACACCAAAUACUAUCUUGUUACAUGGAGACACAUCCACUUCAAUUUGGAGGACCGCGGUGGCAUCAAGGGGGUGCAACUCUGGCUAAUAGACUCUACUACAUGCCCUGACAACAAUUACGCCAAGGCCCUAUAUCAUGGCUGUGAUACCACAGACACUUCUACGUUACUCUGGCAGGACCCAAAUCUUGCUGGCUGGGAGUGUCUUACUGGGUACAAGUGGACUAUACAGCAUAGUCCCUCUGUGGGCCUACUCAGGGUGCUUGUAGAACAGGGGACAACAACUAUUGCCGAUUCUGGAGACAUAUUCAAUGUUGCCAUCAAUGGUGGACGGCUGGGUGUGUUUUCUUAUAACCAGACACAGUCGGUGUGGUCCAACCUCCAAUACAGGUGUACAGACAGAUUGAAUUAUGCCCUGGAGUUUGAUGGGACGAGCACGUAUGGAGAAAUAGCUAAUCUUUCUGACCUGGCAAUAGUUAAAAGUUUCACUUUCGAGGCCUGGGUAUACCUGCCUAGUGGCGCGCCCUCCACCAAACUGCCAAUCCUAUGUACCUUGUCUCGGGAGCUUUGCCUGUUUAUAGAGGGCGGCACCUUUCACACCCAAAUUGGUUCUCAUAUUGUUGAUGGAACGACAACAAUCACUACCGAUACCUGGACCCAUAUAGCAACACGAUACAAUGCCCAACAGGGAACAUUGACCAUGUUUGUUAACGGAGCUGACGGCGGUGUCACAAAAGAAGUAGAGAAUACCACCAUGUCGGAGAUCACAUGGGAUCCAAGUUCGACUUUGUGUAUGGGGAGGGACAGUAACUAUUACUACAAAGGCAAAAUUGAUGAGGUGAGAAUCUAUAACAUACAAAUACCAGAUACUGAGAUAGACACUUACUGGCAGAAGGCAGGUAUGGACCGCGAGUACAAAAAGUUCACACUGUCUGCUCACUACACAAUGGACGGUAACACAGACACCUCGGUGUUGACAGACAAGGGACCUUUGAACCUUAAUUCAACACUAUACGGAUCUCCAGCGUUUGUUGAGAGUACCACAGACUACCUCAGAUAUUACCACACCAACAACUAGACCUUAGAUCUAUGGGGCUGAUCACAAACAGGGAUCCUGUUAUAUCCACAAGUUGGCCCUAUGGACCUUACUACAGACAGUGACCCGUUUUUAUAUCUACGCCAUAUAAAUAGUAAUAAAAAUGUAUAUCUAGAAAUGUUGUGGUAAUUUACAUGUUACAAAUUAAAUUUAUAUUUUGCAA